GUGCAUUGAAAAGAGAAGGAAGCGGGUAGAGAGAGGAGAGAGGAGUGAGGAGUGAGAAGAAAGGCAUCGUGUGUAUGUAAGAGUGUUAAGGGAGAAGGGUGAGAUGCUUUCGGCUAAGCUUGCUCAAACUGGCCUCGUCUAUGCUGUAUUGGGCACUUGUGGAAUACAAACAUCAUUCAACAUCUCUUUUACUACAUUUUUGCAACACCUACCCCUCCUCUCUCUCUCUCUCUAACUCGUCCUAGGUUUUGAUUUUCUUCUGUGAAUUUUUCCUACUACACACUCAAACCUUUCCGUCCACAACCUCCUCCUCCUUUUUUCUUCUUCUCACAUACUCUCUCUCUGUGUAUAUAUAUUAUUUUAUUCCAAUCAAGAGAGAAAAAGCACAAUACGCACCCCGAGACACACUCACACAGAGUUUAACCUUCCUCUGCAGCACUGCAGGCCAACCCAAAUUAACUUUUUAUUUUCAAAAAAAAAAAAUAUUAACCAAGAGAGAGAGAGAGCGUUUAUUUUUUUAAUUAUUAUUCCUGAUGUGAGAGUGGGAAAUAAUAAUAAAAAAAAUCUGUUACUUACUGGUUUCUCUUCUCUUUCUCUUCUCUUUUCAAUAAGGCCUGUAACUAUAACUGUAACUGCAGCUGAAGGGGAGAGAAAGAGAUCAGAGAGAAAAAAGAAUGUGGGAUCUCAAUGACUCACCCGAUCGGAGGAGAAAGGUUGAGGAAUCCGAAGAAGGUUGCUCUUCUCUCAAGAACUCCAUAGACGGAGACGACGAUAACAACAACAACAACAAUAAUAAUCAUAAUAAAAUUAGAUAUAAUUUACAUAUGAAGAGCAACAGCCGACAUGAAGAAGAUAGAAGAAGCAAGAUAUUCGGGUUCUCAGUAACCCACGGUGAUGAUGAUGAAGAAGAUGAAGAUGAAGAUUCCAUGGAUAGUGAGAACCACAGCCAGGUAGUGACUCGGCAGUUUUUCCCCAUGGAGGAGGCUGAUAUAGCCGCCGCAUCAUCACCGGCUGGAAGCGGCGGUGACGGUGACGGCGACGGCGACGGAGGUGGCUCUACUUUCCCUCGUGCCCACUGGGUAGGCGUGAAAUUUUGCCAAUCAGAAACACUUGGUGCUGGAAAAUCAUCACUGGAAGCUUCUCAACCCAUGAAAAAAAGUCGCCGAGGACCACGGUCAAGAAGCUCACAGUACAGAGGAGUCACUUUUUACAGAAGAACCGGUCGAUGGGAGUCUCAUAUUUGGGACUGUGGAAAACAAGUGUAUCUGGGUGGAUUUGACACUGCACAUGCAGCUGCUCGUGCAUACGAUAGAGCAGCGAUUAAGUUCCGAGGAGUGGAGGCAGACAUAAACUUUAACAUUGAAGACUACGACACGUGUUUUAAACAGAUGAGCAAUCUGACUAAGGAAGAGUUUGUGCACGUUCUUCGCCGACAAAGCACUGGGUUUCCAAGAGGAAGCUCUAAAUAUAGAGGUGUAACUUUGCACAAAUGCGGAAGAUGGGAAGCUCGAAUGGGACAAUUUUUAGGGAAAAAGUACGUCUAUCUGGGUUUGUUUGACACCGAGAUUGAAGCUGCAAGGGCCUAUGAUAAAGCAGCAAUAAAAUGCAACGGCAAAGAGGCCGUCACCAAUUUUGAUCCCAGCAUCUACGAAAAUGAGCUUAAUUCCGUAGAACCCACAGGUAAUGCUGCAGAUCACAAUCUAGAUUUAAGUUUGGGCAAUUCAAGUUUCAAAUCUAGCAACAAUAAUCGAGCAUUGGGAAAUCACACCACAAAUGUUCAAGAUCAUCACCAGCAGCUCAUGCCAUCUGAAUCCAAUUGGCGAAAUGGUGCAAGCAAGCCUAAGCUGGUGAAUAUCCUACCAAAACCGUGUAAUAGAAACAUGGAAGCACAUGGAGGAAGGGAUUUGCACGGAGAGAGUGAAGCCUUGAGGAUGCUGAGUCAAACCCACAUCCAUUCUACUACUUGUUCAGCAUCUAAUGAAACGCAAAGAUAUGGACCCUACAGGUCCCCAGGGGAGCCUCAAAUGCUUCACAAUUUUGCACAUCUUCAACCACCAAAUUUUUAUUUCUCCAGCAGCAGUAGUAAUGGGGGUCGCAUCGGGAAUGAUCUUUCAUUAUCAAUGGCGGAUCAUCAUCAACAACAGUUGCAACCAGGACCUCCACACCAUUAUUUGGCCACUGCUGCAGCAUCAUCAGGAUUCCCACCACAGAUUAUUAGACCCUCUUCUCAUCACCAAGGUUGGCUGCAGAAAAAUGGCUUCCACACAAUUAUGAGACCCUCCUAACUCACUCCACUCUUACCCUUACCCUUCUUUACAUAUAUGGAAAAAAAAAAUGUAAAUGUCAUUUUUUAUUUUGAUUAUUUGUUAGAAAGAUGAAAUGUUUCUUUUUAAUUCCAAAGUUUUUAAUGAGUUUCUGACUAUUUAAUUAACUGGUCUAAGCAGCUUUUGACACAUUAGUAGAUUUUUGUUUAUAGAGGCCACUUAGACCCGUUAGUUAAAUAGUUAGGGACCAAUUAGAAAUUUGUGAAUUGUGAAAGGACGUCUUAUCUUUGAAGCAAAUCAUCAAAGUGGAAAAUGACAUUUACUCAAAAAAAAAAAAUUAAAAAUUUUCCUGCCUCCCCAUUUUAUAUUUUCUAAUUAAAAAUAAUGAUUAUAUAACAUACAUGCUCACUCUGCCCCUUAGUAACAAAAUUAUGUUCGGAUGACGUAGUAUUUUUCCAAACAUACCAUUGAUGUCACUCACCAGAAUUGGGAGAAGAAAUGUGAAUUUGCACUUCUUGUUGUGGGACCUACAAUUUUAUCCUAAGGUGAUGAUGAUAUAUAGUGUGUUUAGAAAGGUUUGUCAUCCAAACAUUACAUUUCUUUAAAAUUUUCUUAUUUUGGCAUGUAAAGAUGGAAGCAACACUAUUGUUAUGUCCAACCCAGACUCAGAACCCCUACUACUAUAUACAAGAACAAAAGCUUUUACUAUUGAGGUGAAAGAAGCAGAUAACACAUGCAAGAAGGAAAAGUGACCCAAAUUAGGAACUCAAUGCAAUGGUCUAAUGGGUCUGGGUCAGUCAACUAACAAACGGACGAAAAUCUUUAACUAGAUAUAUAUUAUAUUUUAUAUAUUCUAAAAUUUUCCGAUCUUAUAUAUAUAUAAUUCCGAUUUAUUGCUUUUCAGCGUUA